AUGUCGCCUGAAAGACCUCCUGGAAGACCCUCUCGUGGGCUGAGACAGCGCGUCUCCAAGGCCUGCAAGAGAUGCCGUGAUCAAAAGAUUAGAUGUACUGGCUCAAAUCCAUGCGAUCAGUGUAAUAAGCGGAACUCCGCUUGUGAUUUUGAGAGUCCAUCGCAGAAAGUUCUAGUCACACGAAGGCGAGUUGAAAGCGGCUGCUCCCAUCAGCUCAUAUCUAAUACCGCCGGGAUGCAGAUAUAUCAAUGA